AGCGCGAGAGAGGCGGGUUGACAAUAAAUAAAACAAACACACGAUCUUUUCUUCCCUCCUCCCGUCGCCCCCCCCUUUCCCCUUUUCUUUUAUUUUCCUCCUCCUUCUCCGUUAAAUAACCGUCUCCCCGGCGGGUGGGGGGGGGGGUGAGGUAUUUUUUUUCCCCCCCCUUCACGUCAAAUUCGGUUUAUUUUCAAAUUCCGACCGUUAUUUUUCAAAUUUUUUUUUUCUCUCAAAAUGGGGGUCCAGGGUUUCCAGGAAUUCAUCGAGAAACACUGCGCGGCGGCGGUGGUGCCGGUGGAGCUGCAGAAGCUGGCCCGGGCCGCCCGCCACCGGGCCUCGGGCCUCAGGCCUGGGCUAGGCCCGAGGCCUGGGCCUGGCUUGCCGGCGCCGCCGCCGCCGCCGCCUCCUCCCCCCGCCCCGCCCCCCGCCCUCCGCCUGCUGCUGGACGCCGAGACCGGGCUGCACCGCCUGUACGGCGGCUCCUUCACCGACUGGGUGAGCGGCGGCCAGUGGAACCAGACCCUGGCCUACCUGGCGUCGCUGGCCGCCGCCUGCCGCGCCGCCGGCCUCGAGCUGGUGGUGGCCUUCGACGGCGCGCUGGCCAAGGGCCGCCUGCCCGACUGGUGCCGCCGCCAGAGCCAGGCCCGGCACAGCGCGCAGCUGGUGGCCAACCACGUCCGCAGCCGCGGCACCCCGCCGCCCCGGGUCUGGUUCCUGCCGCCCCCCUGCCUGGCCCACUGCGUGCGGCUGGCCCUGCUCCGCUUCCGCGUCAAGCCCUCCAGCCGGAACCCUUGGUCCCGUUAA